AUGGUGCUAAUUAUGUCAGUGGCGAUGGUGCAGUGUGGUGUGAUGAGUAUUGACAUAGAUAAAGUGAUGAGGCAAUACCCAGAGUACAGCAGAUUCAGCAAGUACCUGAGCCAAACGCAGUUGGCCAGAGCAAUAAGCGGGAGGCCAAGCGUAACGGUGCUGGCAGUGGAUAACACCGCCAUGGGUCCUCUGGAGGGGAAACCAGUGGACCACAUCAAGAACAUCUUGAGAGUCCACGUGGCACUCCAAUAUCUUGACCUUGACCUGCAGGACAAGCAAACCAUCGCCCUCCCCACACUGUCUCAGGGAGUGCUCUUGAAGAUCAACAAGGGCGCCGUCACCUUUGUCUCUGCUACUCAUCCAAACGCCGUCGUCCGCGCCAGAUUGAUCAAACCCAUCAUCGUCUCUCAAUCCCACAAUAAUAUCUCAGUUGUCCAAGUAAACAGCCUCAUAAUCCCCCCCACCAAUCCCAAUGCUCUAAUCCCCCUAAUACCACCCGUGCCUCUUCUAACACCGGUUCCGGUCAUCUCCCCUCUGCCUAUAAUCACACCUGUUCCGGUUGUACCACCUUCUCUUCCCAUCAAUCCCCCGGCGCCAGUAGUAUCGCCGGUGCUUCCGAUGAAUCCCCCUGCGCCCGUGCCUGUAGUUCCUGUUCCAGUAGAUGGGGGGGUUUCCACUACUCCUGGCGCAGAUGAACCUAAGUCAGGGCUGGUCCUAUUUGGAGUCAAUUGGUCUUUAGCUAUUUUCCUUACUUUCUCAUCAAUCUAUUUAACAAUCUUAUAUCAUUGA